AUGACCCGCAGCGAGAGUGUUUCCGUUAGUGUUUCAGAUAAUGCCGUUGGCUACGUGUGUUCUAAUAUGUUUCGAUGUACUGAAACAUGUCGGCCUCUCACUGUUAACCGCAUACUCUCUGCUGCAGAGAAAAGAAGCCGAUACCUGCGCCGUUUGUUCAACGUAAAACACAUGGAUUUUGAACAUGCCAUAUGGGAAAUGGUCCAACUCCUUGUUUCUCCUCAAAAGCUUUUCAGAAAUUUCAGAUAUCGUUCAAGGAGGCACUUUGACUUCCCCGACUAUUUAUUGGUACUCAGAGCUAGUUCUUACCUCUUCUUAACAGCUUUUUACUUUCCCGCUUACACCCAACUACAGUCGAGGAAUAUGAGAGAAGUAGUGCGAACCCUGUCCUCCUUGGGAAUGACAUUAAACUAG